AUGUUGCCUUACGGUCGCUCGCUAAUUUCGACAUCAUGGCUUGUCAUUUCCAUAUUUAUAGCAGUCUUUGCACCUCAAGCUUCGGCAACUGGCCUUUCGUUGGACACAAGUAGCGUUGACUCUAUCAAGUCCACGGCGAGCCAAAUAGCCUUCGAUCUAGUAACCUUCUAUACCGGCAAUAGUACAGGCGAUACACCGGGAAAUCUGCCUGAUCCAUACUACUGGUGGGAAGCAGGAGCGUUCUUCGGAGCUCUCGUCAACUACUGGUCGUAUACCGGAGAUUCGACCUACAACGAGAUCACCAAACAAGCGAUGAUACACCAAGCAGGAAAGAAAGGCGAUUUCAUGCCCGAGAACCAAACAUACACCGAAGGAAACGACGAUCAAUGCUUCUGGGCUCUGAGUGCAAUGAUUGCCGCCGAGAGGAAUUUCCCCGCGCCCCCAUCUGAAACUCCCAGCUGGCUGGCGAUGGUCCAGGCUGUUUUCAAUGAGCAGGCUAAUCGAUGGGACACGUCCGCUUGUGGCGGCGGGUUGAGAUGGCAGAUCUAUACCUGGAACAGUGGGUACUUGUACCGGAAUAGUAUUGCGAAUGGCUGUUUCUUCGAUAUCUCGUCGAGAUUGGCUCGCUACACUGGCAAUGAAACAUAUGCCAAAUGGGCUACCAAAGCCUGGAAUUGGUCGCACGCCAUUGGUCUCAUUGGAGAUAAUUAUGAAAUCUUCGAUGGAGUUACCGACGUCGACAACUGUACCUCCCACGACCAUAACCGGUGGUCUUACAAUGCAGGUAUCUGGCUGCACGGUGCCUCGGUGAUGUAUAACUACACAUCCGAGGAAGAUGCUUCUUCUGAGAUAUCGGCUACCUGGCGGGAGCGCACAGAUGGUCUUCUUAAAGCCACGGACAAUUUCUUCCCCAAGGACAAUAUUAUGUUUGAGCCGAAUUGUGAAUCGUCGGGCAAGUGCAACGUUGAUCAGUUGUCUUUCAAAGCGUACCUGAGCCGCUGGCUGGCUGAGGUCACGCAGUAUGCGCCUUACACGUAUAAUUCAAUCAUGUCGGAGAGACUUCGGCCGACUGCAACCGCUGCCGUGGCACAGUGUCAGGGUGGUGACACGGGUACAUUUUGUGGUCAUAAAUGGAGUUCUGGCAAGUAUGAUGGUACCACUGGUGUUGGGCAGCAGAUGGGUGUGCUUGAGGUGCUUCAGGGCCUUCUUGCAGCUGAUGUUGGCGGAGCUUUGACUUCUUCUACUGGUGGUAAAAGCGAGGGGAAUAGUGCUGCUGGUACCGGUGAACAUGAGACAAAGGCAGAGCUGCCAACAAUGCAUAUCGACAAUGGUGAUAGAGCUGGUGCGGGUAUAGUGACGGCUUUAUUUGUCUCUCUUGUUGCUUGGGCUUGCUAUGGGAUGAUUUCUUGA